AAGUAGUACUUUAAUUAUCUUUAAAAAACAAAAACAAAAACAAAAAAUAUUCUUUUAUCUUAAAAUUUAGUGUGUCUAUGAAAUAGCGUCGACAAAGCUAGAGCUCAUGGUUUUGAGUGUAAAAAUUCUUCUUUCCCAAUUUGGGCCUCUGCUUUUCUUCACCAGUUUUAAAACAAAAUCCCAAUUUCCAAUUUCCUCUCUCUCUCUCUCUCUCUACUCCAUGAUUAACUCAGACAAGCUCUCUCAUGAAGCAGCAGCAGAGCUAGCCACAGUCACUUCCAACCUCGUAAUCACAUUUACAGAACACGACAGAAAGGGUUCCGCCAUUCCUCCCCACCAAGUGUUCGACCAAAUGACCUUCACCCAAUUCUGCUAAAGAUUAGAUUUUUACUCCAAAUUACAAGAAUUCUCCGCUUCGAUUCAGAUGUGGUGGUAGGGGAAGAUACAAAAAUCCAUAAUGUCUUGGAUUCAAUCAGCUUUCGGGAGCAGAAUCAGCCCCGUAAUCCUCUUCAUAAUCGUAGUUUUGGCCGUGAUUUUCUUCAUCGCCGCCCUCCUCCACCUCCUCAUCCGCUUCCUCGUGAAGCGGAGAUCCGCGCAGGCCCGCAGCCGGCCCGAAAUGCCGGGCUCGGGCGCGUUCCAGAGGCAGCUGCAGCAGCUCUUCCACCUCCACGAUUCGGGCUUGGACCAGUCCCAAAUCGACGCGCUCCCGGUCUUCUUGUACAAGGAGAUCAUGGGGUUGAAGGAGCCCUUCGAUUGCGCCGUCUGCUUAUGCGAAUUCUCCGAAUUGGAUAAGCUGAGGCUGCUGCCCCUCUGCAGCCACGCAUUCCACAUUGACUGCAUUGAUACAUGGCUGCUGUCGAAUUCCACCUGCCCCCUCUGCAGGGGGGUGAUCUUGAGCCCCGGGUUCUCGUUCGAGAACCCGGUGUUCGUGUUCGAUGAUUCCAAGGAGGUGGAGGAUGUGAAGUGUGGUGAGGAUGAGAACAGCUCUGUGGUUAGUGGGAGGAGGGUUUUUUCAGUGAGGCUUGGGAAAUUGAGGUGCAGCAAUGGAGUUGUGGUGGGAGAGAAAGAGAAUCAUGAGGUGGGGGAGACCAGCUGCAGCAAUCUUGAUGGGAGGAGAUGCUACUCAAUGGGAUCAUUUCAGUAUGUGGUGGCUGAUUCUGAGCUGCAGGUUGCAUUCUGCCCCAGUGGGAGAGGGGGGGAGAGAGGGAGACAACAUGGGAUUGUGGAUGGGAAUGUUGGUGAUGUGAUGAGCAGGCCAGUGAGGGUGAGAGGGGGAGGGCAGAAUUGGAAUUUCACAGGUGGUGGUGGUGAUGAUGAUGGUGGUGAGGAUGGGAAGAAGAUUAACAGUAGGGUUAAAGGUGAGAGCUUUUCUGUUUCCAAGAUUUGGCUGUGGAGCAAGAAAGGUAAAUUCCCUAAUUCACAUUAUUCCAAUGAUGUUAGUGCAAUUUUACCAUGAAAAGGAAAUUUUUAUUUCAUUUUUGGAGGGUUUUAGUUAGUACUGUUACAUGUUGGCUAAUGUAGGGUAUGGGAAGUUGUUUUUUUCUUGUUUUUUGUGCUGUGGGCUUUCUGUAACUUGUGAAUUAGUAGCCAGAUUCAGAGCAUUCUUGCUUUAGGUUAAGCUAUUUUUUUUUGUUUCUUUUGGUGCAUUAUUUAAGGUUGAAUGAUGCUUCAUUUUUGCAUCAUACAUUGAUGGAAAACUUCUUUUUUCUUUUUUAAGCUCUUAUAAUCCUCCAUUUGAAUUUUGGAAAGUUCAAUGGAUUGGAUGGUGAUGUUUGUAAUAAUGACACUAUUCUUAGAUCCAAAUUAAUGAAGUAAUUGGAAAUUUGUGGGUAGAAA